CCGCCACCACCCAUGCCGACCAACAAGGACGAUAUCAACGGCACUUGGGCUUUCCUCGAGUGGGGAGUGGAGCGCAUCAUGUACGGUCUUAGCGAGGGCGUCGACCUCAAGACCUACAUGUCGCUGUACACCAGUAUACAUAACUUCUGUACUGCCCAAAAAGCCGUCGGCGUGCAGCAGAGCAACCUCAACUCGAAUCACCGCGGUGCGCACCUCCUCGGAGAGGAUCUAUACCAUAGGCUGAAUGAGUACUUGCGGAAGCACCUGAAGACCGUGCACGAGGAGAUGGUCAACCACGCAGAUGAAGCUCUUCUCACUUUCUAUAUCAAGGAGUGGAAGCGUUACACACAGGCGGGAAUGUACAACAACCAUCUAUUCCGCUACCUGAACCGCCACUGGGUGAAGCGCGAGAUGGAUGAGGGCAAGAAAGACGUCUACGAUAUCUACACGCUGCACCUGGUCCGAUGGAAGGAGGACAUGUUCGGCAGCACGCAGAAUGCGGUCAUGGAUGCGGUCCUCCGCCUGGUGGAAAAGCAGCGCAAUGGCGAGACCAUUGAGCAGUCGAAGAUCAAGGAUGUCGUGCAGUCUUUCGUGUCUCUUGGCAUCGACGAUGCAGACAGUUCUAAGACGACACUGGAUGUCUACCGCACAUAUUUCGAGAAGCCAUAUCUCGAGGCCACGUCCGCAUACUACGACAAAGAGUCGCAACAGUUCUUGGCUGAAAACGCCGUUGUGGACUACAUGAAGAAGGCAGAGCGUCGACUAGACGAGGAGAAGGAUCGCGUGCCUCUUUUCCUUCUGCCGGAGAUCAUGGUGCCUCUCAUGAAGACUUGUGAAAAUGCGCUCAUUGCCAAGCACGCAUCGACCCUCCGAGACGAAUUCCAGAUUCUACUUGACAACGAUAGAGAAGAAGACAUGGCGCGUAUGUACAAAUUGCUUGCACGCAUUCAAGAUGGACUCGAUCCACUCCGCACGCGCUUCGAGAACCACGUCCGUCAAGCUGGAUACCUUGCAGUCGAGAAGGUCGCCGACCAAGGCGAGAGCCUUGAUCCAAAGGCAUACAUCGAUGCGCUUCUCGAGGUGCACACUCAAUAUGCUGCGCUGGUUCAGAACGCCUUCACCGGCGAGUCUGAGUUUGUCCGCAGUCUCGACAACGCUUGCAGGGAAUACGUCAACCGCAACAAGGUCUGCGCAAAGAACUCGAAUCGAUCCCCGGAGUUGCUCGCUAAGCAUGCAGACAAUGUGCUUAAGCGGUCCACAAAGGCAACCGAGGAGGAUGACAUGGAGAAGAUGUUGAGCCAAGUCAUGACCAUCUUCAAAUAUAUCGAGGAUAAGGACGUCUUCCAGAAGUUCUACUCCCGUCAUUUGGCCAAGCGUCUUGUCAAUAGCACAUCUGCUAGCGGCGACGCAGAGACGAGCAUGAUUGCCAAGCUCAAGGAUGCCUCCGGAUUCGAAUACACCAAUAAGCUGCAGCGCAUGUUCCAAGACAUGCAGACGUCUAGAGAUCUGAACAACUCGUACGAAGCAUGGGUUGCUGAGAACAUCGACAAGGAGGAUCGCAAGGAUGGCGUCGAUGCCUACUAUCAGAUCCUGGGUACUGGUUUCUGGCCUCUGCAGCCUCCGACCACACCCUUCUCCCCUCCAACGGCCAUUAUCAAGACGUACGAGCGCUUCUCCAACUUCUACACACACAAGCAUGGAGGUCGAAAGCUCACGUGGCUGUGGCACUUGUGCAAGGGUGAGAUCCGCGCGAAUUAUGUCAAGAUGAACAAGGUUCCAUAUACCUUCCAGGUCUCGACCUACCAGAUGGCGAUCCUGCUCCUGUUCAACGACUCCGAUACUGUUGCGUAUGAUGAGAUUGCCGAACUGACUUCGCUGGAGAAGGCUACUCUGGAUCCCUCGAUUGGUAUCAUGCUCAAGGCGAAGGUCCUUACUGCCAAGCCGGAGGGUGCAUCACCACAAAGCGGCACCUCGUACACUCUCAACCUCGGAUUCAAGAACAAGAAGCUGAAGGUCAACUUGAACGUUGCGAUCAAGUCUGAGCAGAAGCAGGAGGUCGAAGAUACUCACAAGACGAUCGAGGAAGACCGCAAGAUGCUCAUGCAGUCUGCAAUUGUGCGCAUAAUGAAGUCUCGCAAGACCAUGAAGCACAGUCAGCUCGUCUCCGAAACCAUCGCUCAGAUCAAGAAUCGAUUCUCUCCCAAGGUCAGCGACAUCAAGAAGUGUAUCGACAUUCUGAUCGAGAAGGAGUACGUCGAGCGUCUUGAGGGGGAUGACUUGGGCUACAUUGCUUAAGCACAUGAACAUACGAGCUGUCUUUCUGCAGUAAGCUUUCACCAUUCAUUACGGCGUUUCUGGGGCGGCAUGAGAAAGCAGCCGGCCACGCUGCAGCAUUGCUGAGGGACGAAGUCAUGGAUCGAAUGGGCUGGAUUGUGCUUUAGCAUGGCGUGGGCGUUUCAUACGAAGACGGGUCGCUUCAGGAUUUUGAGAUACUAUAGGCUGCAUUUUCGCGGCUACUGUGGAUUCAUCACGAAGUUGAUAGAUGAUGAGAGAAUGUGAAUGACAUGGACAGCACCCCUUCC